ACUGAAUAAAAAAAAAACAAAAAAAUUGUACCCACAAAAUAACUAUUUUAAUUAUUAGUAUUCAUCUGUCUGUAAACGAAAACAACUAUACACUUCUUCUGGUCUCUACAAAAGAAUGUUCUUCCUCUUUAAGUAACAGUUUAGUGGAGCGUUUUUGGGAGAAAUUGAACGCAUAAUCAAGCAGAUUGCUGCUUAGCGCUUAUACCGUAAUAUGGGAGGGGUGACUUCUUCUAUGGCAGCUAAGUUUGCCUUCUUCCCACCAAGUCCUCCGUCUUACAAGCUAAUUACUGAUGAAGCUACUGAACUUUUGCUUCUUGACCACUUUCCUCACCGGGAAAAUGUCGACGUGUUGCGGUUGCCGACUCGGAAAGGAAGUGAGAUCGUUGCUGUUUAUGUUAGAUACCCUAUGGCUACUUCUACUUUGCUUUAUUCUCAUGGUAAUGCUGCUGAUAUUGGCCAGAUGUAUGAGCUUUUCAUCGAAUUGAGUGUUCAUCUUCGUGUUAAUCUUAUGGGGUAUGACUACUCUGGCUAUGGACAAUCAACAGGAAAGCCCAGUGAGCACAAUACUUAUUCCGAUAUCGAAGCUGCUUAUAAGUGUCUUGAAGAGAGCUAUAAUACAAAACAGGAGAAUAUCAUCCUUUAUGGCCAAUCCGUUGGUAGUGGUCCUACUUUGGAUCUUGCUGCACGUUUGCCGCGUUUAAGAGCUGUGGUCCUGCAUAGUCCUAUACUUUCAGGACUAAGGGUCAUGUAUCCUGUGAAGCGCACGUACUGGUUCGAUAUCUAUAAGAACAUAGACAAGAUUCCAUUGGUGAAGUGUCCUGUGCUAAUAAUCCAUGGAACUUCUGAUGAAGUAGUCGACUGUUCUCAUGGCAAGCAGCUUUGGGAACUGUGUCGGGAGAAAUACGAGCCACUGUGGGUCAAAGGAGGAAAUCACUGUGAUCUAGAGCUGUAUCCUGAGUAUCUUAAGCAUCUAAAGAAGUUCAUAUCAACGGUUCAGAAACCACCUUCACGAAGAAAUAUGUCUAGAAGAAGUACAGAUGGGAAUGAACAGCCUAGAAGGAGUACAGAUUGUUUUGAAGCUCCAAGAAGGAGUACAGAUCGGAGGGAGAAGCCGAGAAGAAGUACUGAUGAGAGAACCGAUAAACUAAAGUUUCACGAAUACAAGUUUACUCAUAUUGAGAAAUUAGAUAAGCUACGGAUUCCCUUUGACCAAAUGGAGAGGUCAAGGAGAAGUGUUGAAUAUCACGAUAAAUCAAGACGGAGUGUCGAUGUACAGCUAGAAAAAGGGCGGAAGAGCGUCGACUGGGUGGAUAGAAUUCGUUCCUGAUGAGAAUACUAAUUGGGUUGUAUAAUUUGUGUACUAGAUUGGUUUUAGGGGGGGGAGGAGGGAACAGGAAAGUGGGGAAUUAUUUGGUAUAUUUAACUUGUUAUUUCAGAGUGUGGAUUUGGUCAUUAGAGUUGCAUAAGUAGAGUGUAAUGGGUGGGAUUAAUAUACUGGGUGGUGGGAUUUGUUUGUUCUUGAUUGUUAAUGGAGAUUUCUAACCUGUCUACUCUCUUUGUUUAAAGGAAAUGAAGAUCAUAACUCUCUAUUA